GUUUCCUCCGUCCUGCUGUUUUGAAGCAUGGAAAGCUGUUUACGGUGUUUGUCCGCGUGUUUUAGAGAGCACACCGAGCGGUGCAGUCACCAUGCUGCUCUACCAGCUCCCAGAAGAUGUCCUCUAUCAAAUAUUAGCUUAUCUGGAUUACAAAGCUCUCUGUCGACUCUCCCAAGUUUGCAGAAGUAUUCGUCACAUUGUAAACCGGGAUGUUGUGUGGAAGAAGCUAGCUAAAGACUUUUUAAACACCGGGAUCACUUGGAACGGGACGGACAUAUACCAUCAUAUCCCACUAAAGGAGAGAGUCAAGGUAGCUCAGAACUGGUCUCAUGGAGUCUGCAAAAGGUCAACUCCUCUCAAAUGGAAAACCAAAUUGUUGCCAUGGCUUCAGCUGGAUGUGGAUGUACUUUAUUUGUGUCAGGCUGCUCAAAUUGGAGCGUAUCAUCUGCACCAAGACUCCAAGAAGCUUCAGCGAAGCCCAUUUGAAAUUUAUUCAGGCCAUGAGGGCGAUGUUUGUCGCUUUGUUCUCACAGACGCUCAUCUGAUCAGUGGAGGAAGCGAUGGCCGAAUCCUGGUCCAUAGUAGAAGAAGUGAUGUGUCAUGGGGGUUGUCUGGUCAUAACCAAGAGGUUAACUGCCUGGACUCAAAGAAUGGACUCAUCAUCAGUGGAUCAAGAGACCGAACAGCCCGGAUUUGGACCUUGACUUCCAGCACUCCUAGAGCAACAAUUGCCAUGUUUGACAGAGUGUGGUCUGUUUCCAUUAGCCCCACGCUGAACUCGUUUGUGACUGGUACUGCAUGCUGUGAGAACCUCUCCCCUCUUCGCAUCUGGGAUGUUGAACGGUCAGCAUGUGUGUGCAUUCUGGGCUCAGAGUUUCGUCGUGGUGCUGGUGUGCUGGAUAUACAGUUUGAGUCACCAUUCCAGCUCCUCACCUGCGGUUAUGAUACUUUCAUUAGACUGUGGGACCUUCGACUCAGCCCACAGAGGUGUGUCUUGCAGUGGAAGGAGCCUCAUGACAGCACUCUUUACUGCAUUCAGACUGACAGGAAUCACAUGAUAGCCAGUGGAUCGUCAUACUAUGGUGUUGUACGUCUUUGGGACAAACGCCGGACUCAGUGCUUACAGUUUUUCCAGCUGAGCAGUGACACUGUGAGCAGCCCGGUGUACUGCCUAAGGUUGAGCAGCUCUCAUCUGUUUGCUGCUCUUGCCACAGCCGUGCAUUCACUGGACUUCAGACAGAACCCUACUGGCAUCAGAUAACACACAUAGACAUAUUUUAUCAGAUUUACCAAACCAUUAAAUAAAUUAUUUUCACAGUACAA